GGGAUGGAAGAUUCGGCAGAUGGAUAUUGUGACUGCCUUUCUGAAUGGGAUCAUUAUGGAGGAGGUGUACAUGAAGCAGCCAGAGGGGCUGGAUGAUGGGAGCGGCAGGGUCUGCAGGCUGAAGAAGGCAAUCUAUGGCCUUAAGCAGGCGCCUCGUGCAUGGUAUCACAAGUUGGAGGAGGCGCUGGUGGCUGGGGGUUUCAAGAAGAGUGAGUGUGACCCCAGCCUCGCAGAGCAGAUGCUGGAGAUGCAGUUCAAGUGCUCCAAGAUGGGUGAGGUGAAGUACUACUUGGGGAUGCAUGUGGAGAGAGAUGUGGAGAAGGGAAGUAGUGUGGCUAAGGCGUUUGUUGGAGGAGUUGGGAGUUGGUCAGGAGGAGCCGACAGUUGUGUUCUGUGACAAUGAGUCUGCUGUGAAGCUCGCCAAGAAUGCUUGUCUGCAUGGGCUGACAAAACACAUAAGGCCUAAGUGGCAUUGGGUG